AUGGCAGAUAUUAUUACAAACACCGAGGAGGAGCCACCAGAACCAGUGGAAGAUGAAAGAACUAAAUUCAUGCGAACAAAUCGUAAAGUUUUACAGUGGACGCCGCCGGAAAAUGAAUAUGAACUGACGGAAACUUCCUUUGAUAGCAAUCUAGCUUGGGAGGCCUUGUUAACUUUACCCAGUUGCCAGGAGAUGAUGAUCAAAGAUUCAAAUCAAAAACUUCUUAAUCUAGUAGUGGGUGUUAAUGUUACACAAGAAUUUCCCUGGAAACAAAUUCCCUAUAGAAAUUUACGCGACAAUCUCUUUGAUGACCUGUCAAAUGGCCAAUUGUUGCACAAUGCUUUUCAGGGAUAUGAUCUGGACAGUCAUAUUCUGGUGGGAUAUGUGCCAUUAAUUACACAAGACAUGGAAGAAACACCUUCGGGAGAUCCUUUUGUUUUAUAUGUAAAUCCGGCCGAUGCAAAAUUGGCUCUGGCCAUAAUACGCAAUCUGGAGACAUUUGAACGUUUAAUUAUUAACAAACGUUUGUUGAGACAACCGCGUAAAUGGAUUUCGCUGGGCAGUGAAGACGAGGUGAAUUUAACCAUUGCUCAGCGUUAUCACGAGCCAGUGGAUGUUGAAAUACAAAGUGUCUAUCCCUUGACCAUACCAGCUGACAAAGAAUUUGCAUUUCGUUUGACGAAAGACGUUAGAGAUGGUUAUGUCGAAUUGAUACCUUCGGAAAAUGCUCGCUUUGAAAAUGUUUCUCGUCGUCGCAUCACAGUGGGCAUACAAUCAUCAUUUCCACGCAUCGAUAUAGAACAACAAACCGAUCCAACAUUUCCCACAAAUGCUUGGGCUCAGUAUCUGUAUGAGAUAAAUGAAGAUGAUGACGGUCUGGAUGAGGAAUCUGAGGAAGAGGAACCUAAAGAAAAGACUGUAAGUAAACCUGCAACACCAGAGCCUCCAAAAGAAUCCAAACCACCUCCAGAAGUUUCAGAUAGUGUUAAGUUAUUGCUGAAGACCUUGGAGUUUAAUCAAAUAGAUAUGUAUCGUAAUGACUAUCCCUAUAUAUCGGAUAAAUGCGUCAUGCACUAUACCUCACCGUGUCUGGAAGAGACCUUGUGUUUUGCCAACAUUGCUAAAAGUCAACAAAGAUAUGUAAGCGGUUACGAUUGGUAUCCCGCUCUGGCUGGACUUAUUGUAACCUCUUAUAUAUUUAGUACAGCGGCCACCAUAGAAUCGGCAGUUAACAGCCAAUAUGAUGUGAUACAACGAACCGUCUUGGAACCGAAACCCAUAUUAAUGUGGAGCUUUAGUGAUAAUCUGAAUUAUAAACUGGAAUUUGAAUCCCCCUUAGAGGUAAUAACAUUAUCCUUUUGUCCAUAUGAGCCCAAUGUGCUGUUGGGCGGUGCUACUAAUGGUCAAAUUAUCUUGUGGGAUUUACAAAAUCGUGCCGAAAAACUAGACAACGAAGAAAUGUUGUCGUCCUCUCAAAAUCGCUAUCGUGUGCUAAUGAAUGAAUUCCUUAAGUGGACUGUACAAAUCAACGAGGAUAUAUUAGUAGCACCGGCUACGGUGUCAAGUUUGGAGAAUUCUCAAAAGGGCACCAUAACAUCUAUACAUUGGCUUAGCAGUCAUUGCUUUAUUAACUCGUUUGGCAAAGUUUACACCGAUGCUAGUGAAUUAACAAAAUAUCGUUAUUUUAUAACCACAUCGUUGGAUGGUACUAUAGCAUUUUGGAAUUUAGAUGCUCAGGCGGGUAAAAAAGUAAGCAGCGGCUUACGGCGUGAUCUGCCAAAGGCACUGACACAGAGUGAAUCUUCGUAUAAGGGCAAAGUUUUGAUGCCGAUCUUUACAGUGGUCUUUAAUGAGCCAAUAACUGCGGUAAUAGCCGAUACUCCAGUAUUUAAAUGUCAUAUAAAAGAUAGAGAAGCAAAAACCGCCAAAAAUCAGUAUAAUUAUGCCAUAGAAUCGGUGGAAAUUGAUGUACCUGAAGUGAGGCAAUCGUGUAUAACAGCUUCAUUUUAUGGCCGCAUAGAACGUUUAACAUGGUCGGGUCUCUACGCCGAUGCUGAUGGUCGUGAAGUUGUUACUACUUCGUUAAAUUUUGCUCGUGUUCAUGAUGGGCCGGUCAUAUCUAUGAAAAGAAAUCCAUUUUUUCCUUGGCUUUUUGUAUCGAUUGGUCGUACCGUGUUUGCUGUGUGGAAAGAGGACUACAAUUAUUCUCCGAUAUUUUGGCGUAAACGUCAGUGUGAUUUGACCGCAGUAGCAUGGAGUGAAUCAAGACCAUCGGUAUUCUUUCUCACGCGUAUUGAUGGCAGUCUUGAGGCUUGGGAUAUAUUGUCUCGGGACGAUGAUGCCUGUUUAAAUGAUACUUUGGGUGGUGGUAUAGUUACCAACAUUUGCGAACACAAACCUUCGGAGCCGGAAAAGUUAUUGGGUAUUGGCGACUACAAUAGUAGUUUGCGUAUGGUAAAAUUACCCAAAAGUCUUUAUCAGGCUAUGGACCAAGAAGUAGAGGACAUGAAACAAUACAUUUUAAAAGAAGAAUCUCGCAAAAAAGACAUACAAGCUUUUGAACAAAAAUACUAUGAAAAGAAUAAAGAUUUCAUAGAAGCAAAACUACAAGCAGAACGUGAUACCCAUAAAGAAAUGGAACGCAUGGAAAAGGAGGCUUUACUAAUGGCCAAUCGUAAAGCCAAAGAGGAAGAAGAUGCCAAAAAAGCUGCUGAGCCAGCCGCUCAUACGACAUACACGGAGCGCAUGAAAAAACAAUGGUACGAAUUAAAUCUCAAUCGUCUCCUGGGUAUUUUGAUGUCACGCAAACGAGUUAAUGAAAAACAAUUGAAUGAACAAACUGCCUUGGAAAAAGAACGUCUAGCCUAUGAAUUGGCCAAAAAAGUAUCCCUAGCAGAAGUUCUCAAACGUGUGGGCGACGAAGUGGCCGCAGUACGUUCGCGUAUUUACCCACAAGAGAUACCAGAUUUACAACGCAACGACAUGAUACAAUCAUCGGUGGAGAGCAUUAUGCAGUCUGUGGAAACCUAUCAAUUAAUUGAAAGCGAAGCUAAUGACAUCCUUAAUGGAUUUGAUAGUUUCGAUAAUAUCGAUUAUGCAGAAUUCUUACAUCGUGGCCAACAACGACGCAAACAUCUCAAUAAAUCAUUGGGUGGCAAUACAGAACGUUGGUAUUGGUAUGAAACUAUGGCCGAGGAGAAUUUAAUUGGUGAUUGCGAUUGGGGUUUAGAAACAUUUGCUGAUCUUUUGCAAAAUACCGAUGUGGGAUCAUUGCCGCCAUCGGAAUUGAGUCUGCUUCGAAAAGAGGAAGAUGAAGCUAAUCAAGCGGAUGGUGAAGGGGAUUAA